CCAAAAAGAAAAAAUAAACGAACUUUUACUAUUUGACAUUUCAGAAAAGUAAAUUCGACAUUUACAUAUUUUUCGUGUUGUUCCCUUUAUACUGGAAGGAGGAAAAUUUUAUUUGACAUUGAAAUUUGCAUAUUUUUUUGGAAAAAAAUUAGAUAUUUUUAUUUUUUAAUUAGUUCGUUUAAGAAAAGUCAUACCCGAAAUGGACCUCACCGGCUCUUCAAAGCGCAACUCUCAACUGAAGCAACAACGGCAGCCGCGCUCCUUAAGUCUUGACGAUGAUGACACCCUAAGCAAUAACUCCUCAAGUUCCCUGAAUAUUUUGCUUGCCGCCGCUUCCGAUUCGGAAUCGCAAUCGCCAAUUAGCGUGCGUGACAUGAUCAAACGUUAUGACACAGCCGCCAAAUUGGGCCCUAAAGGUGGUUCUCGUCACCCACAACUACAUCAAACACAUCAUAAACAGCAACAACAGCAAUACGGCUUGCCUGCCAUGAAAUCCGCAUAUUUCGGUGUGAAUCAAUUCGGCACCCACUCCACCACAAACCGGUUCCCAUUGCGUCAAUAUGUGGCACAAGUGCAACAGAAUACCGGCAGCAAGUGGACGCAAACACAAUCGAAAAAAAGCAUCCACAGCGGUGAACACAACAAUAAUAAUACAACUAAAAGCAGCUGUAAGCUAAGUGACAACACUUUUAUGGCAAGGAACAAUGCGGAUGCAACGGAAGAUGGUUGGUUGGUGUGCGAACGCCAUGCCUCAGUGAGUGAUAGUGAAAAUGUGUACAUAGCUGAUCACACCGCGCGCAGCUCAAGGUCGCCAGUUCAGAAUCUAAACGAAGUCUCAUGCAAUUUGCAAGAGAUAACUUCAGUUCAGAGAACGAGUUCAGAGGUAGUCGAGGGCAUUGAAGAAGCGAAUCCGCAACCAGUGGAGACUUCGUAUCAUAGUAAAACUACAAUUGCCAAGACUGCUGGAGGUGUGCGCAUUAUUAUCGACAUCUUUUUCGAUCAGGAACACCAGCCCGUUUCGGCGACCGAAGUGGUGGGCAGCCGCGUUGAGACGGAUAUACCACAAAGCCGAAUACUCAACGAAUUUCAGCAACAAGCUGCAGCGCAAGCGCAACUAACGCGUAACUAAACGUGACCAAGCAGCUUUUAUAUGGAUCAGUUUGAGUUCUGCAUUGAAAAUUGGAGGCGACAAAGUCACCAGUUAGCCAAGUGACGGAAGUGAUGCCUGCUUAUCUGAUGAUUGAUGAAAAAAAAAAAUGGUGUUAACUAGUCGGUGACAGCACGAUGAGUUAGUAGUCGAGUGGAGGAGCUCAAAUCAUUUAUAGUUUUUAUAUUUUGACAUGUUUUAAAUCACUAAGCGUUAUUGUAUUUUUGUGACUUGAAUUUAUUUCUUAACUCUUUAUUUAA